AUGGCAUCUGUACAGGACUCCAGGUUUGGACAGAAGGACACAUCGGAUCAGAACUUUGACUACAUGUUUAAAUUGCUUAUCAUCGGAAACAGCAGCGUCGGCAAAACUUCCUUCUUGUUUCGCUAUGCUGAUGACUCCUUCACGUCGGCUUUCGUGAGCACGGUGGGGAUUGAUUUCAAGGUUAAGACUGUCUUCAAAAAUGAAAAAAGGAUCAAGCUGCAAAUCUGGGACACAGCCGGACAGGAGAGAUACCGAACCAUUACUACAGCCUAUUACCGAGGUGCAAUGGGUUUUAUCUUAAUGUAUGACAUCACGAAUGAGGAGUCGUUCAAUGCAGUGCAGGACUGGUCAACGCAAAUCAAAACCUACUCAUGGGACAACGCGCAAGUGAUAUUGGUUGGUAAUAAAUGUGACAUGGAAGAUGAACGAGUGGUUUCGGCAGAGAGGGGGAAGCAUCUAGCAGAGCAACUGGGUUUUGAGUUUUUUGAAACAAGUGCUAAAGAUAACAUCAAUGUGAAGCAGACCUUCGAGCGCCUUGUGGAUAUCAUUUGUGACAAAAUGUCGGAGAACUUAGAGACGGAUCCAGCCAUCACGGCUUCAAAGCAGAGCUCAAGACUGACAGACAAGCCCCCUCCACAGCAGCCCAACUGUGGAUGUUAAUGUCACCAUCCCAGCAUCUUCAGUAUGUUCUAUUGCCAAUAAGUAUUUAAGAAAAAAGUGGUCCGUACACUUCACAUUUCUACUGUCUAAUAUCUGUGUAGAAAGAAAAGAAAUAUGGCUUGUUUUGUAUGGUCAGCUGAUGAAUGGUGGCCUAGAGGCUAAGACCUAAUAAAUGUUCCUGCUGUUUGCAAGUUC